AUGGAACCUUUUUAUCAUUAAUGUGUGUGCACAUAAGGCACAAAUAAGACACACUGAAGUACAAAGUACAUUUACAAAGGUAAACACACACUCCAUACAGUAUAUGCUAUUUUGUUACUAUGAAUGUGCUUCUCAUAAGAGUGUAGAUCUAGCGGAAGAGGUGGACCUCACACCUUUCAGUGACCAGAAAACACUAAACCAUGUACGUCUCAGCCUGAACAGGAAGAGGACAAAUAUAGAGCUUCCUGCAUGCAGUGUAGAGUAGAGAGAGGGCAUCUGUACUGAAGGAACCAGAGAGCUUUCUAGAAUGGAGAUCCUUGCUGUUGUGCUUCUCUUCGUUCUUUCAGCUGGAGCUGAAUCCUUUAGGGUGACUGGACAUGAAGGGGGUGCUGUCAUCAUUAAUUGUACAUAUAAGUUGCUCCAUCAAAGCAACAGGAAGUAUCUCUGCAAAGGAUCAGUGUCUGGCUGUCCAAAUAAUAUAAAAGCAGAUAGUAAAACUAUCCCUGCACAAAAUGGAAGGUUCUCUCUCUAUGACAACCCAUCAGAGGGGAACUUCAUGGUGCUCAUCACUCAGCUGACUACUGAGGACAGUGGAGACUAUAGGUGUGUGGUGGAGAACGCUCCUCGUGAUACCACUACCCACAUACAUCUGGACGUUCAGAAAGGUAACUGGAAUCAUGAAUCAAGGACUCACUAUAAUGGGGGAAGUAUUGAGAUAAACUGCACUUUCCCAAAACCCUACAAACACAGAUCCAAAUACCUCUGCCAGGGUCAUGGAAAGUUAUCCUGCUUUGAACUGACUUCACAUGAAACACACAAGAUGAAAAUCCAAAUGAUCCCUGCUGGUGAAAAUGAGAUGUUCUCUGUGACCCUACUCCAGCUGACUGAAAGAGAUGCUGGAGAGUAUUGGUGUGGAGCUGGUGCAGCUGUAGAAUCAGACAGAUCCAUCACUCUGAUCAAGAAGACUCAACUCAUCAUUGAGACUCAAUUGAGUAGAUAUGUAGAUGGUGGAGUUCAGAUCAUGUGUCCUUAUCACCCUGAGGAUUCUGAGAAAGUAAAACUCCUCUGUAAGGAUGAGUGUAAAAAUCACAACAUACUGGUGUGGAACCAAUGGAACUUCUGUGUCCACAUUUGA